AUGUUGGCUUCCAUGGCCAAUCAACGAGCCCCUUCUUCUGCUUCUUUCACCAAGUCACGGAAAUACCAUGUCUUCCUGAGCUUCAGAGGUUUGGACACUCGCUCCAAUUUCACAGGCCAUUUGUAUAGCGCUUUAUGUCAACACGGCAUUAACACCUUCAUGGAUGAUGAUGGGCUCGGAAGAGGAGAAGAAAUAUCAAGCACGCUUCUCACAGCAAUUGAAGACUCAAAGAUUUCUGUCGUUGUGUUCUCAAAAAACUAUGCCUCCUCAAAGUGGUGUUUGGAUGAACUUGUUAAGAUUCUUGACUGCAAAGAAUCAAAAGAACAACUUGUCAUCCCAGUUUUUUACAAGGUGAAUCCGUCAGAUGUACAGAAUCAUAGAGGCAGUUUCGGGGAUGCACUGGCUAACAUGGAGUGUAAAUAUAAAGAUAAAAUGGAGAAGGUCAACAGAUGGAGGGCAGCUCUUUCACAAGCAGCAAAUUUGUCAGGGUUCACUCUCUUGGACGAACAUGAAUCUGAAUCUAAAUUUAUCCAAAACAUCAUUGAAGACAUUUCAUGGCAAAUAAUAGACCAUACAUAUUUAUAUGUGACAAAGUAUCUAGUUGGAAUGCACCAUCCUGUACAAGAUAUAACUAAGCUUUUAGAUUUGGGGGAAAACGAUGUUCGUAUGGUAGGGGUGUGGGGGACUGGUGGAACUGGUAAGACCACAAUUGCUAAAGCUGUUUACAAUUCAAUUGCCCACGAAUUUGAAGGCUGUUCUUUUUUGGCAAACGUCAGAGAUUGUUCAAAGUGGCAGGGAGGAGGUUUAGCCAAACUACAGAGGACUCUUCUUUUUGAGAUUCUAGGGGGGAAAAAAUUGGAGUUGGCCAACGUUCAUAAAGGGGCCACUAUGAUAAAGCAGAGGUUGAGUUGUAGAAAGGUUCUCUUGGUUCUUGAUGACGUGGAUGACAUGGAACAGUUACACAAGUUAGUUGGGGCACGUGAUUGGUUUGGUGUGGGCAGUAGAAUUAUCAUAACAACAAGGGAUAAGCAACUGUUAACUGCUCAUGAUGUUAAUUUAAUACACGAGGUCAAGAUUUUAGAUGAUCCUGAAGCUCUUGAGCUCUUCUGUUGGCAUGCCUUCAAAAGAAGUGGGCCUCCUUUGAGUGAUUAUGUGAAACUAGCAGAACGUGCAAUACGCUAUGCUCAAGGCCUUCCUUUGGCCUUGAAAGUUCUCGGUUCUUGUCUAUGUGGUGGAAGUAUAGAUAAAUGGGAAGGUGCAUUGGAUGGUUUCAAAAGCACGAAAAUUCUGGACGUUCUCAAAAUAAGUUACGAUGCCUUGGAUGAUGAGAGGGUAAAGGAGGUUUUCCUUGACCUCGCAUGUUUCUUUAAGGGUAAAAGUAGAAAGUAUGCGAUAGAAACACUAGAAGCUUGUGACCUCAACCCUAGGUAUGGUAUUGAAGUGCUCAUAGAAAAGGCCCUCGUAAGUGUUGAAGGAGAUUAUAUUUGGAUGCAUGACUUAUUAGAAGAGAUGGGUAAGAACAUAGUUCACCAAGAAUCACCCAUUGAACCUGGAAAACGUAGUAGAUUGUGGUCUUAUGAAGACAUCGAGCAUGUUCUUGCUAGUAAUACAGGAACAAAUGAAACCACACGCAUUGUGUUAAAUUCCCCCAAAAAAGAAGAUGAGAUAUUCUUGGAUGUUGACUGCUUCUCAAAGAUGAAAAAUCUUAAAAUUUUCAUAAUCUAUAACGGGUGCCUUUCUGGUGAUGUUCAUUAUCUCCCAAACUCGUUGAGAGUUCUUGAUUGGCAUGGAUGUCCAUUCCAAUCUUUUCCACCCAAGUUUCUUCCAAAGAAACUAGUUGUGCUCAAUAUGCCUCACAAUCGCAUCAAACAACUAGGGCAGGGAUUGAAGUAUUUGACAAAGUUGACAUCUCUGAAUUUCACUGGAUCUCAAUUCCUAACUCAAAUCCCCGACCUAUCCGGCAUCACAAACUUAAGGUACUUGAAUGCAAAUGGUUGUAGGAGUUUAGUCGAGGUCCAUCCAUCUGUUGGAUAUCUUGAUAAACUUGAAGUAUUGGAUUUUUGUGACUGCCAUAAACUCACGAAGUUUCCAAAUAAAGUUAGGUUGAAAUCUCUGAUAAUUUUUUGUCUUUACGGUUGCAUAAAGUUGGAGAGUUUCCCAAAAAUUGUGGACAAAAUGGAAUCCUUAAAUGAAUUGAACCUUGGGAGAACUGCUAUAAAAGAGUUACCAGCAUCAAUUGGACAUCUCAUUGGGCUAAAAAUAUUGCGCUUAUCUGAAAGUGCUCUAAAAGAGUUGCCUGCCUCAAUUGGACAUCUCGUUGGGCUGAAAGAAUUGGGCUUAUCUGGAAGUGCUAUAAAAGAGUUGCCUUCCUCAAUUGGACAUCUAACUGCACUAGAAGAGUUAUAUUUAGAAAGAACUGAAAUAAGAAAACUACCUUCAUCUAUUGGAAAUUUGAUUGCCUUGAAAGCAUUAAUUUUACAGGGAAGUGAUAUAAAAGAGUUGCCUUCAUCAUUUGGAAAACUCACUACCCUGAAAGCUUUAUGCUUAGAUGGAAGUGCUAUGGAAGAGUUGCCUUCAUCAAUUGGAAAUCUCAAUGAACUUGAAGAAUUAGAUUUACGAGGAUGUGAAAACCUUGCAAAUCUGCCACAAAGUAUUUACAGGUUGCACCGUAUCUUUUAUAUUAAUCUCACUAGAUGCCCAAAACUUGUCACACUUCCAAAUAAUAAUUUGAUCUCUGAAGUUUUAUCGAGUGCAGAAUCACUUCCUUUAGAGGUUCGAACCAAAUCAUAUGGUUCAUUCAAUGGAUGCCCGUUAUGUUGGUUGUAUUUUAAAGAGUGCAAUGUAUCAGACGCUAAUUCGUUGGAGAAUUUUGGUGGUUGGUUUGGCAUACUUACAAUUAAUCCAUCCAAAAUCAAUUUUUUCUGUCUUCCUAUGUGCAUUAGCAAAAUUGUCUACUUGCGGGACCUUAAUUUGAGUGGUUGCAAGAGACUUAUAGAAAUUCUAUUACAACUUCCAGCAUCUAUAACAAGGAUCAAUAUAGCUGAUUGCAUAUCUCUCGAAAGAUUUUCAACAUUGUCAAAGAUAUUGGAAGACGGAGACAUGCCAAAUAUUAAUAGGAGGGACGUAUGUAAUUGCCAUAGAGGCGGUGAUUUGGGGUUGACCUGUUCAAUGAUCGAAGAAACUUUACAGAAUCAGUUCCCGAGUGGUUCCAGAGUGUUACAGAUGAAGAAGAAAAAGAUUAAGAUUAAACUACCUGGCAGUGGCAGUGAAGUUCCAGAGUGGUUCACUUUUCGUAAUUACAUUGUCAAAGAUACGAGCGAAGCUACUUAUUACGAACUUCCUAUUGAAAUUCCUUGGACUUCCGGAUUGGAGAAGACAAAAUUGGUUUUGUGCGCUGUUUGGGAAUUUACGGAAUCAUUUGUUAGCCCUUGUCAUCUUGAAUUUAAUGUAUUUAAUGCAUUUAAUUUUUGGGAUGGAGUAAGGAUGCGCUGUUUUCGAGAUGAGUGGUGCGUGUCAGGAGGAGAGACAGGGGCAGGUUAUGUGUGGCUGACAUGUAUACGUGCUCACGUGAAGCCAUCUCCUAUUUUUCGAAUUGUUGUUUACGGCAAAGGGUUGAUCAUCAAAAGCAUUGGGGCCCACCUGGACGGUGAUGAUGACGGAAAAUGA